AUGGCUUUGAUUAAUGAUUUUGAGUCCCGUUUUCGAUUACCUCAUAUCACUGAUAUCUUCCCUCAUUCUCCUCCUAUUCCUUCCACCUUUUGUCUCAAAAUGAGAACUCCGAUUGGUAAAGAUUUUCCAGGUCAUUAUUCAUCUGAUGAGGAAUGGCAUGGAUACAUUAAUAACAAUGAUAGAGUGCUUCUCAAGACAAUUAACUAUUCGUCGCCUAAGUCUGCUGGUGCUGAGUGUAUUGAUCCCAAUUGUACCUGGGUAGAACAAUGGGUUCAUCGAGCCGGGCCUCGGGAAAAGAUCUACUAUAAACCAGAAGAAGUAAAGGCAGCAAUUGUCACCUGUGGAGGGCUCUGCCCUGGUCUUAAUGAUGUCAUCAGACAGAUUGUAAUCACACUUGAAAUAUAUGGCGUAAAAAAGAUAGUGGGUAUUCCUUUUGGUUAUCGAGGAUUUUCUGACCAAGAAUUGACAGAAGUGCCGCUGUCAAGGAAAGUAGUUCAGAAUAUUCAUCUAUCUGGCGGAAGCUUAUUGGGAGUUUCACGAGGAGGACCUGGGGUCAGUGAUAUCGUGGAUAGUCUGGAGGAGAGAGGGAUCAACAUGCUUUUUGUAUUGGGUGGAAAUGGCACACAUGCUGGUGCAAAUGCAAUUCACAAUGAGUGCUGCAAAAGACGGCUCAAGGUGUCUGUCAUUGGAGUGCCGAAAACUAUUGAUAAUGAUAUUCUACUGAUGGAUAAAACUUUUGGCUUUGAUACUGCUGUGGAAGAAGCUCAAAGAGCAAUAAAUUCUGCAUACAUUGAGGCACAUAGUGCAUAUCAUGGAAUUGGGGUCGUGAAGUUGAUGGGACGUAGUAGUGGGUUCAUAGCAAUGCAGGCUUCCCUAUCAAGUGGACAGGUUGACGUAUGUCUGAUUCCCGAGGUACCUUUUAAUUUACAUGGCCCACAUGGCGUAUUGAGGCAUCUCCAGCACCUUCUAGAAAUGAAGGGAUCAGCUGUAAUCUGUGUUGCAGAGGGAGCUGGACAGAAUUUACUACAAAACACUAAUGCUAAAGAUGCAUCAGGAAAUGUUGUAUUUGGAGAUAUUGGUGUAUAUAUUCAACAAGAGACAAAAAAGUAUUUCAAGGAGAUUGGUGUUCAUGCUGAUGUAAAAUAUAUUGAUCCAACAUAUAUGAUCCGUGCAUGUCGAGCUAAUGCAUCAGAUGGAAUUUUAUGCACUGUACUUGGACAAAAUGCUGUUCAUGGUGCAUUCGCAGGAUAUAGCGGCAUUUCAGUAGGCUUAUGUAACACUCACUAUGCAUACUUCCCCAUCCCCGAAGUAAUAUCGCAUCCUCGGUUGGUGGACCCUAACAGUCGAAUGUGGCAUCGUUGCUUAACUUCAACUGGCCAACCUGACUUCAUCUGAUACUUAUUUACCCUUUACAAUAAAUACAAGAUAUUUUGGAUUUCAAACUUCCAAAGAGAAUAUCAUAGAAAUAUAGCUUCAAAAUAUUCUGGACAAUCUGCGGAAACAUUCAUAUGCAAAAAUAAUAGGAAGGAUAACAUUUCCUCCUUAGAAAAAUUGAUUAUUUGUAUAGCAUGGUAGUUUCAUAGUCCUGCCUGCUGCAUUCAAAUUAACAUUUUAGAGAUAUCAUCACUAAGCACUGUGAUUGAUUUUGAUCAAUUUGUAACAUUUAUUUAUCCCAUAGUAAGGGCCAAAUUUUAAUGGAAGUACAUAGGAUGAUGAACAUGUGCAGUGUUUGAAAUUCAUUACUAGAGUUCCGGAUGUAUAAGUGCACACAUUUCAAGAACUUGUGACAUACUUAGGCUUUUAUACACUAAAAA